UACCGCUUUCAGCUACUACUCAGAGGAGAAGACCUUCAGCGCUCCUGCCGCCAAGGGCAGGAAUCCGCCAAUCUCACAGACGAAGCUAAAUGCGAGAGGCUUGAAGGAUUUGGAUGAUCAUGAUAUCGAUGGUCUGCUUUCCAACCUAAGCAUUGAUGAGCUUGAGGACCUCAACAAUGAUUUUGAUCCAGAUGUGAGUUGCACUGCCGUUCUUCUUGUCUUUUGA